CGACCUUUUUCGACAACCAAUUCCGUUUCAGCACCCUAUCGUCUCGACAACCGGUCAAGAUGAAGCUGAACAUUUCCUACCCUGCCAAUGGCACCCAAAAGUUGAUCGAGGUUGAGGAUGAGCGCAAGCUCCGCGUCUUCAUGGACCGCCGUAUGGGACAGGAGGUUCCUGGAGACAGCGUCGGCGACGAGUUCAAGGGAUACAUCUUCAGAAUCACCGGUGGAAACGAUAAGCAGGGUUUCCCGAUGAAGCAGGGUGUCAUGCACCCAACCCGUGUCCGACUUCUCCUCGCGACUGGCCACUCCUGCUACCGUCCCCGCCGCACUGGUGAGCGCAAGCGCAAGAGUGUCCGUGGUUGCAUCGUCGCCGCCGACCUUUCCGUCCUCGCUCUCAGCAUCGUCAAGGCUGGAGAUGCUGAGAUCCCCGGUCUCACCGAUACCGUCCACCCCAAGCGCCUCGGUCCCAAGAGGGCUACCAAGAUCCGCCGUUUCUUCGGCCUCAGCAAGGAGGAUGAUGUCCGCAAGUUCGUCAUCCGCCGUGAGGUCCAGCCCAAGGGCGAGGGCAAGAAGCCAUACACCAAGGCUCCCAAGAUCCAGCGUCUUGUUACUCCUCAGCGUCUCCAGCACAAGCGCCACCGCCUUGCACUCAAGCGCCGUCGCGCGGAGGCUUCCAAGGAUGCUGCCAACGAGUACGCUCAGGUCCUCCAGAAGCGCAUCCACGAUGCUAAGGCCGCCCAUGAUGAGGCCAAGAAGAGGAGGGCUUCUUCCAUGAGGCAUUAGGGGAAGGAUAUGAGUGCAUGAUUUAUGCUGGAUAAAUACUCGGCGUCCGGCUCGAAAAAAAAGGUGGUGCCGGGGUCUCCAACUUGGAACAUUCCGGAUUUCUAGGGGCUGCUUCAUACCAGGGAAUGCUCGGAGAGCAGUGGUUUCUCGAUAGCAAUUGCAUCAAACUUUCAAUGCCGGUCCCAAUCGCCGUUCCAGUGUGCUCGUAGCGUAGCAUUUUAUGACAAUCAUCACUACGUUGCUCUACCUACCAGCUCCCUCCGUUUCGUGAUCAUCCUACGAGGACC